CUUCGGGCGAUUGUGGACAUGGGAAGCAAUGGCAUACGCUUCUCAAUCUCAAGUCUGCAACCUCCAACGCAAAGGAUCAUGCCAACGCUGUAUCAACAUCGCGUGGGGAUCUCACUCUAUGAUGCACAAUACUCUGCAGAUGGCAGGAGAAUACCGAUAGACGAGAAGACGAUGGCAGCCGUCGUAUCGUCGUACAAGCAAUUCAAGCGAACAUGCGAGGAUUUCGGAGUACCUCAAAACAACAUCACAGUGCUGGCGACCGAAGCCACCAGAACAGCAGUCAAUUCCGAGGAGUUCCGCGGACGAAUCAAAGCAAAGGUAGGCUGGGAUGUCACUAUGCUACCGAAGGAAGAAGAAGGCAGAGUCGGUGCCAUGGGUGUUGCUAGCUCACUUCCUGAAGUCAGUGGAUUGGUGAUGGAUCUUGGAGGCGGUAGCACUCAGCUGAGCUGGCUCGUCAAGAAUCGAGACGGGGGCGAAGUGCGAAUGCCGGGAUCUGGAGCGGUCAGCAUGCCUUACGGUGCCGCGGCCAUGUCGAGACGGCUGGCCGAUGCCGAACGCAGUGGCACCACCGCGCAGCUCAAGGACGAGAUUCGGACUGCCGUCCAGAAUGCAUACGCAAGCCUCAUGGUCCCCAAAUAUCUGGAUGAUGCUGCGAAAGCAAAUGGCGGCUUCACUCUGUACCUUUCCGGAGGUGGCUUUAGGGGCUGGGGUUACGUACUGAUGAGCCAGCAUCGCGUCAGCCCGUACCCAAUUCCGGUCAUCAACGGCUUCAAAGCCAGUCGCAACGAGUUUCUGAGCACUGAUCAGGUCAAAGCAGCGGCCGCCGCAUCUCUCGAGCACGGUGAAGGCCAAGACGAGCUCUUCCGCAUCUCCGAACGCCGAGCAGGUCAAGUGCCUGCCGUAGCGUUCUUGGUUAAUGUUCUCGCGGAGGCUCUGCCACAUAUCAAAGAAGUUCGUUUCUGCCAAGGAGGCGUCCGCGAAGGCUUCCUCUUUUCCUCACUAUCGUCAGAUGUCAAAGCACAAUUCCCACUCGUGGUCGCUACCGAGUCUGUUGCGAAGGCGACCAGUCCUCUUCCAGUGGUGGCUCUCCUGCAGGCGGCACUCCCGAAAGACCUCGAUCGUGAUGCUGCGAAGGCUUUUGCGCCGGAUCGGCUGGAAGCGUUCGCAAACCUGAUCUACUAUCACUCCAGCCACUCAAAGGACCUUCAAGCUAGCGCCGCUCUUCGUUGCACUACUUCUGGCGUUCUCGCUGGAGUUCACGGCAUACUUCACGAGUCACGCACACUUAUCGCACUUCUGCUAUGUGCCAGAUGGGGCGGCAGUGUGCCACCGACCGACGAGCAAUUCAAGCCUAGCCUCGAGCAGCUUGUGGAAUCCCCUUGGACGCUAUGGUGGAUCAACUACAUCGGCGCAGUGGCUGGCUUGAUUGCUAGUGUCUAUCCUGCUGGCGUUGUCGCCGGUGCUGAACGACUGAAAUUGAGCACCAAGUGGGACAAUGAUGACAAAGGCAAGCCUUUGCUUGUGCUGCGGGCCGUUGUCUCAUCUGAUGUCGACGAUGAAGUGUUUGGCGUGGAAGCGAAAGCAAUCGAAAAGGUCGGCAAGAGAAAACGCUGGAUC